CUUCACAACAAACCGACAACAGGUGUCCUCCUCCUGGCUUCGGCUCCUCGGUCCCUCCGUCAGUCAGUCAGUCAGUCCGUCACAGCGCCUCGCCCGAUCAGCCGCACAGCUCUCCUGCCCUGCUUGUUUUACCCAGAGAAAACUCCUGCCGCAGGGACACUUUGAGCCACAGACCAUGCACUCGGCACAGAAAGACACCACAUUCACCAAGAUCUUCGUGGGAGGCCUUCCGUACCACACCACAGACUCCAGCCUGAGAAAGUAUUUCGAAGUGUUUGGAGACAUCGAGGAGGCUGUGGUUAUCACCGAUCGGCAGACGGGGAAGUCCAGGGGUUAUGGAUUUGUGACCAUGGCAGAUCGGGCCUCAGCUGACCGAGCGUGUAAGGACCCCAACCCCAUUAUAGAUGGAAGGAAAGCCAACGUGAACCUGGCCUAUCUGGGGGCCAAACCCAGGGUCAUUCAACCAGGUUUUGCAUUUGGCGUGCCUCAGAUCCAUCCCGCCUUUAUCCAAAGACCAUACGGGAUCCCGGCCCACUACGUCUACCCUCAGGCCUUUGUCCAGCCCAGUGUGGUGAUCCCUCACAUGCAACCCUCUGCUGCUACAGCAACAGCCGCCGCCGCUGCUGCAACUUCCCCAUACCUUGACUAUACUGGAGCGGCAUAUGCCCAGUACUCUGCCGCCGCCACUGCUGCCGCCGCCGCGGCAGCCGCUGCUUAUGAUCAGUACCCCUACGCGGCCUCGCCGGCGCCCACGAGCUACAUGACCACAGCCGGGUAUGGAUACACGGUGCAGCAGCCGCUCGCCACUGCUGCAACACCUGGAGCUGCGGCGGCUGCUGCAGCCUUCAGCCAGUAUCAGCCGCAGCAGCUCCAGACAGAUCGCAUGCAGUAAAAACCACAAAGAUCACCUUCAUGCCAGGGAAGCGGGGAGAUUCACUCCUUCAGUGAAGACAUUAACGUUAUUACUCCAACAUGUUUAACUUUAUACCAAAGAGCCUGAAGAGAAGAAUGGAGACACGCGGGGAAUGACGGUAUAUUUUAUUCGAGCAAGAUCAGUAUUUGGAUGUAUAUGAAUAUUUAAUAUUUAUUCAGAAUAAAGAAAUUUCAUGUUAAAUGAACAAAAUUUGAAUGAUCUUAUGUGAACUGCUGCUGAGUUGUAUUUAUACAGUGCAGUGUCUUUUUAUAUGAAUCUCCCAAGUGCUUAUUAUUUCUAUUCAACUCUUCUACAAUUUGAAAACAACAAAAACACUUCUAGCGUCAUCCACGUCAGUGUUUCGUAGUUUCGGACCAUGAUUUUGUUUGCGUACAUUAAAGACAGAAUUAACUGUUUCGUUAGGACUAUUUUUCUUUGAACGGCAUUUAGACUGGAAUACGGUAGUUUCCCUUCAGUCGUUUGCUUUAAAAUGUGUUUCUUGAUGGCGCAUGUGAAAUAUGUCAACUGAAGCUGGUAAAAGCACUCGCCUUUUCUUACCAAAUGAGAAGGGAAAAAAAAAACUGCUGAAUGUGAAUCUUAUAUUUUGAUAAAAUGUUUUCACUGUGUGCCUUUCUAAAAUGUGCUAUUUAUGUAUUUAUUCAGGAGCCUCAGAGCAAUAAACGCUUUAUUUAACACGUGGAAGUAUAAGGCCUGCUGUUGAACACCUCCACACGUCCUGCUGCCUUUUUCAUGGUCAAUACCGUGUAACUGCUAAGUUAACUUGGUCUAACUAAACCCUGUUCUGUACGGUGAACAAAUGUGUGAACAGUAGGUAAAAAUUUAAAGCUUUUUUUUUGUUUGUUCUUUUCUGUAGUUUUGAUGUUUUUCUUUUUUCUAAGGUGUGCAACUCUUAAAGGUAUCUUUUUAUACUUGACCUGUUUGAUAAGGACAGUGCUUCAACUGCACGAACGUUUAACUUGUUACAUUUUCUUUUGUGUUUUAUGUCUUUUGACAUUAAAGGAUUUCAAAUGCAGGUACAUCGGCUGUUUACCUUGAUUCCAAAUAAUUGAAUUUGGGAAAUAAAUUAAGAUUUUCUUC